GUGACACUCGGGAGGCAUCAAGGCAAUAAGGCGCCCAAACCUGUCAACGUCAGUCGUCACUUCGUGAUGGAGAGCUCAAGCUGUCACACGUCACAAGUGGAUGAAUCCCUACCUUACAUCGAUGGAUCGCUCACCUCCACCUUCGUUUGCCUUGGAUCUGAUAUAUAUUCAGCCUUGAAUCCACUGUACACCCACCGGAAAUAUCUACGAGUCCCAUGCCGUCAACGUCCUAUUACACGCCGACCCGGCUACUUCUUUGUCUCCUCCCAUCCCUUCCCUCUCCACCACCGACCCGACUUAGACAUCUUGCUUCAACCCGUCUCAUGAACAUAGCCGGGUAGCCAUGGCUCCCAGUGCUCCGCGUGAUGCACCAAGCUCAAGAGCAUCCCCACGUCUCUCCCCCAACAAUAGACAUCGGCGAGAUUCGUCCCUUUCGACGGCCUCUCGUCCAGACUUGGACCUCGACCGUAUACAUACCACAGCAUCCCGUUCGGAAACGCUCACGACUUUUCAAGAGUUCGCUUCUCCUCCUAGAUCGUCCGUUGGUGUGGAUAGCAAGCAGACUGCUGCCGAAGCUGUGCAAGGGGGCUUCAGCGGGCUGUAUGGCCGUUUAAGAGCAACCGUUGGCGGUGCGCGAGAUCCGAGCCCGGCAAAUGUUGCUUCAACCGCUGAAGCAGCGAGCACCGAGGAGGUAUCCACGCAGAACCAGAAGCAUCGACCCCCGCCGAUUACGGCGAAUUUGCCGCCAUCAACCGUGUUGUCGCCGCCAGCUAUCGAAUCUACCACCACGUCAAGAAUACACUCUCCCUUGGUUUCCAAUUUCGUGGAGACCAAGCCUAUCGGGGAUGAGCCGUCCUCAGGGCAUCCUUCAUUGCGUAGCCUUGCAUCUCAAAAGGAGCCGGGAUCAACCAAGCUGGAUCGAAGCCAAAGCGGGAGUAGACUCGCAGAUGCACCGCAAAGAGGCCAUGGCACAGGGAGAAAUGAACGAUUGGCUACUUUGAGGCCUUUGGAUAUGUUGAAUUCGGAGAACAUUCAACAGCAUACUGGAUUGGUGGAUACCCAGCGCGGUUAUAGAACCUUCCAUCAACGGGCCGGUUCGCAGCCGUUCUCCGAUGUCUCAGGGCAUUUGACACUCGAUAGCUCUCGUGGUGGAGACGGCACCGAAGAAUCAAGUUCAAGAGCCAGCGAUAUUGCUCCGUCUCAGAAUUCUCGCCUAGAGACGUCCUCUUCCCAAUUUGCUCCGUUGCCUACCGUUGGCCAUCUGUCAGUGCUCGCAAAUGAUCAGUCCCUCGGAUUUGAUAGGGUAAAGGGUGCGUCCUCCCUUCUACAGCGAGAGUUGAGCAACAGAGGAGCUCCACCGGAGCUGCCCACAUAUCAAGCAGACCAGACUCCACUUGAUCCAACUGCGUCGAGCCGACCGCCAUUGAUCAAAGUCAGCCAAUCGAACCUUUCCGGCUUUCGUCUAUCUCGGGCUGCCUCUUCCGACGGGGACUUCAGCUCCGUAAACACCGUGUCGGCCGCUGGGCAACCAAAUUUGCGAACGGUGGAGGAUAGUGCGCCGCUUGAUCCAACCACUUUCAAUAUCGGAAGCAAACUCUCGCAGGGACGUCGCAGGAUCCUGGAUAAGUCGUAUUGGAUGAGAGAUGUCAAUGCGAAGGACUGCUUCAAUUGUGGCGAUACUUUCUCUACCUUCCGACGCAAGCAUCACUGUCGGACAUGUGGUCAAAUCUUCGACUCCAAAUGCACCUCUAUCAUCGAUGGGAGACCAUUUGAUUACAACGGGAAUCUCCGAGUAUGCAAGCCAUGUGAGGCCUUUAUCCACGGGACGGAUGAUGACUCAUCGGUGUACACCGACGAGGGCGAUCCAAGGGCACCUGAUGAUAAACGACUACGAGAUCCUGAAGAUCUAGUUCAAAGCUCGAAUGUGGGAAAUUCGAACGUACAGCAUGUCGAUAGAGACCAUACCAAGCUGGCCACGCCGACACUCGGAAUUCCAGUCAGUCGCAGAACGAACGAAUCGAAACGGCGCUCGGCUGUGCUUGAAUUCGAAGGCCAACAGACCCUCGCCCGGCCCAGCUCCUCCCGCUCGUUGCGCUCACUUAGCGGGCGCCCGACUUCUGCUCACAAACGACAUCAGUCACAUCACCAGCACAUGCGGAAUCAUAUGUCCACGCGUGACACCAGGGCUCCAUUUCAGAGAUAUGAGAGAGAUCCGAGACAGCGGACGGCAUUACCGACAUUCCACCAUGACAACAUCAUCGAUCCGGAUAUCGCUCCGUUCAUGUCUGAUGAUGGGUCUAGUGAUGAGGAGAAUCCAAGUAUAUUUGCUGCGCUGAAUGGAGAUACGAAACCGGGGCAGAAGCCGGAAGCGGACCGCUCAGGCAUUUCGGGGCUGAUCGCAUCGGUCCGCAGGGGGAAAUCUCAAAGAGCGGAGCGAAGCAAUGCAGCAUUGAGUGUGACGAGCCGGGAGUACGAUUCGAGUAGUAUGAGCAAGAACCCGCCUCGACAUGCGCGACGAAGGAACCUCAGCACCUCAAGCAUUAACCAACCGGGACUGUCGAUUAAGAAGAGCAAGAGCAACAGUCUCUUGAAAGGUUUCCUCGCCGGAAGUCCCAGCUCCCCUGUCAUCGGCUCACCAGGCGCUGGGUUCUUAGACGGCCCUCGACCGUCACGAAGCAUGUCGAUCCGAUCCCUCGAACCGCCCUCCGUCGAACUGAACCAAGCUAGCCUCCAGCACGUCCGCAAAAUGCUCAAGCAAAUGCUCCAGGACAGCGAGAUCACGAACGGAAAGGCCUGGGAAAAGGCGCUGAUGCCCAUCCUCCUGCAAUGCACCGACGACGUCAGCCCUGACGUGCGCCGCAACGACGACAUCGAUAUCCGGCACUACAUCAAGCUCAAGAAAGUACUCGGCGGCAAGCCGACCGAUACGUCGUACGUGUCCGGCGUGGUGUUCUCGAAAAACAUCGCGCUCAAGAGCAUGCGCACCAACAUUUCCCACCCGCGGAUUGCCAUCGUCACCUUUCCGAUCGAGUACGCACGCGCGCAGCAGCAUUUCAUGAGCUUGGACCCGGUGAUCGCGCAGGAGCGGGAGUAUCUACGGAAUCUCGUGAGCCGGAUCGCCGCGCUGAACCCGAGUUUGCUGCUGGUGCAGAAGAACGUCGCGGGGCUGGCGUUGAAGUUUCUGGACGCGGCGAAAAUCACGGUGAUAUAUAAUGUAAAACCGACGGUGAUCAGCGCCGUCUCGAGAUGUACCCAGGCGCGGCUGAUUACGAGCAUUGAUAAGCUAUACGAUGAUCCGUCGUCGCUGGGGAAGUGUGGGAGUUUUGAUGUCAAGACGUACGUCCAUGGCAGGGCGAAAAAGAGGUAUGUUUUCCUGUCCGGCUGUCAGCGCGAUCUGGGAUGCACUAUUGUCCUUCGCGGCGAAUCCACUGAAGGUCUUCGUCGAUUGAAGCGGGUAACCGAGUUCAUGUGUUACGUGGUCUACAAUCUCAAGCUGGAGACAUGCCUCAUGCGCGAUGAGUUCGUUGCAAUCCCUACGUCGCUUGCGGGCGGGACUUUAUCACCAGACAAAGGUCGGCCGUCGAUCGGCCCUGAACCUUCUGAUUCGGAGACGUUCAAGUCCCUUUCGACUGCGCAAGGCGAAUCGGGACAAGGCGCAGUCUCCUCGUUGUACACGGACAUGGUAGAGAAGCACAAAACGAAGAUCCUCUCUGCUUCUCCGUUCGUGCAGUUCAUGCAGCCUUAUCUGCUCACCCGAGCGCGCGAGCAAGAGGCGCAGCUCGCGUAUCUGAAGUUAUUGCGCGAUCAGUAUCGCGAUGCGGGCGAUGACGAACGAGAUGGGACGCCGGAAGAGUUUGCGCUAGUGCAACCCGAGAUGGUUCACCGCGUGGUCGAGAAGCCGUCGCGACAAGUCCGGGAAUUUUUGUUCGCCGUUCAUGCUGCGGAGUACGACAAGGCAUUGCACAAUUAUCGGACGCAGAAAAGGCAGUGGGAGACGUAUGUCAGUGGAAAUCUGGACAUCUUUGAUCCGUUCACGCAUCAGCGGAUCGCGGUUCUCUACAGUAUGGUCAACACGGUUACCUCAACUCCGUGUGUCGGACCGGAGAUCAUCCCCCUCAGUUACUAUACACAGCAUGACCUGGACGAAGGGUUUGCCGAAGAUAUCACGCUCGGCCAAUACGUCGAGCACCUCUGUAACGACGCCAACCUCACCUGCCAAAUCAGCGGAUGCGACCAGAAGCUUUACAACCACCAUCGACAAUAUGUCCAUGGCAACGGACAGAUGAGCAUCUUGGUGCAGAAGUACCUAGCGAAGAUCCGUGGCCUGCAUAACGCCGUGUUAAUGUGGAGCUGCUGUCGCAUUUGCGGCAUGGAAACGCAGGUCAUCCCCAUGUCUGAUAACACCUGGAAAUACUCCUUCGCGAAGUACCUUGAGCUCACAUUUUGGAGCACGGGGUUGAAGCCGCGCUCCGAGGAUUGCGAUCAUGACAUCCACCGCGACCACGUGCGAUACUUCGGAUUCAACAACAUGGCGCUCAGCAUCCAAUACGAUAAGAUUGAGUUAUACGAAGUGAUUGUCCCGCGGCCUACGAUCAACUGGAAAGUCGACUCCGAUCUGCGUCUCAAAAACGAACUGUUCCAGAAAAGCCUAGCGCGCUUCGAUCGCUUCAUGCAAUCGGUUUGCGUCCGGAUCGACGGGAUCCACGUCGAGGGCGUCGUCCCCGAAAAGGCCGAGGAGUGCCGCGCCGAGCUCGAGAAGCUCGCCCUGCUAGCCGACGCGGAUCAGCAAGCCCUCACCAAACGCCUGCAGGACGAAUACAUGAACUCGAAAUACUAUGAAAUCGUGCCGAUGAACCGCGCGAUCAAGGCGAUGCAGGAAUGCGCCAUCACCUGGGACGACAUCUUCGCGGAGUUCGAACGCAACUUCUUCCCGUCCGAGAAAGACAUCCGGCGGAUGGCGGCGCUACAGCUGCGGAAAUUCUUCCUCGAUACCAAUGAGAGUACGCCCAGUAUCGAGGAGACAGAGAGUCAAGGCAUCGAGAGCACCAGUGCCGAGAAGAACGAGGGGAUUCUGCUGACGCCGAAGCCGAGCGAUCUGAGCGCGGAGGAGGCGGAGAAAAUGUUGACGAGCGUAGUUGCGGAGCAGUCGCCGCCAACUCCAACACAUGUGGAAAAGGAUGCGGACGGGCUACCACGCACGCCGAAGAAGAGCCUGAGCCCUGAUAGGCAGCAUUAUAACUUAGGUAUGGAGGAAGCGACUCCGAGGGCGCUAGACCCCAUGUCAAGUAAGAGUGUCAAGCAUCUGGAUCUUGCUGUGAGCGCAGGAGCGUCGAACCUGACGCCAACUCCGGGUUCUCUGUUGGAGUGGGAACAGUCGAGCGCGUCCGAUAGUACUUUGAGGCCAUCGGGGCUGUUGCCGCCAGAGGUGAGGCGCCCGGCUACCGACACUGGUGCUACGGGUUCGCUGUCUAGUCCAGAACGAAAGGCUCGGCCAGAACCCUUGCCUUCGCUCACAGUUCCUGGACCACCUGAACCGCUACCUGAGUCCAAGAUCCCGAGACCGACAUCCAUCCAUGCGCCACCACUCCCACGCACGCAAUCAACCCCCAAUCACACCCUAGCAAAAGAUGCUGGUACCAUCUAUGGAGGUGGGGAGUCUUCCUCUAAAAUCAGCUUGACAGAGGACAUGCGCGCUCUCACCCAGCGAAUGUCCGAACGGUUCAACUUGAGGCACUAUAAGAACAUGAAAUAUCCGGCCCGCUCAAUGAUUCCACGCUCGGUGCCUUCAGAGAAGGGGAACGUCUCGUCCCUAGCGAAGCACUUCGAGCAGCUGAGUCGCGAGUUCGAGAAGGAGCGUCAGCGUGAACGGAGGCAACAGACUGCGCGCGGGCGUCCGACCCGGGCGUUUCCACUGGCGUCGUCGAAGCCCAUCGUCGAAGUGUAUCGAAAUGCACACGAGGCAGUGCGAGAGCGGGACGUGGGCGAGGAUGACCAGAUCUCUCAAGGAAGACCGAGCACCGAAGCGAGUACCUUUGGCUCAAGUACCUUGGACGAAAUCACGACAGCGGAGGGCACUCAACCAACCACCGUCUCGCACUCUCCGACGAAUGAGCGGGACACUGACUCUACUAAGGACUCGGUCACUGAGGAGACAUCUGAGCACCGUGCAGUUCAUACCCCUUCUGAUGCGGAACUUACCGAUGCGGAACAAACCCCCUUCGACGACGUCGAAGCACAAGAAAGUCGGCCGUCCAGCCAAGUUCUCUCGCCCACCGAGUCCCAACUCGACGUCAAUAUCGAGCUCCCCAAGCAUGAGAAGCUCUCCCUGGUCAAGAUGCUGACAUCCUUCUGGUCCGAGCGGUCCGCAUCCGGGUGGGCGCCGCUCGACUACCCGUUGAGAUCCAGCGAACACACAUGGGAAGACUCCGAUAUCAUCGUUCGCGAAGACGAACCCAGUUCCAUCAUCGCGCUGGCGUUGUCGAGCGCGGACUACCUUGCGAAGCUAGAAUCGUUCCGGCGAGAGCCGGCGAUGGAUAAGCCGAGCGAUGAGGAGUGGAGCGAGAGGGACGAGGACAUCUCGAUCGAGCGGAACUUGCUGUAUCAGAAGAACACGAACAUCCGAUACGCAUUCCAGAACCGCAACGUGAAGGCCCAAUGCAAGAUCUUCUAUGCCGAGUCGUUCGACGCGAUUCGUCGCAAGUGCGGCGUGGCCGAUCGGUUCGUCGAGUCGCUUUCUCGGUGUCUAAAAUGGGACUCCAAAGGCGGGAAGACGAAGUCGCUCUUCUUGAAAACGCUCGAUGAUCGAUUCGUGCUAAAAUCAUUGUCCCCCAUCGAGGUCAACGCGUUCUUCAAAUUCGCCCCCAAUUACUUCUCCUUCACGCACCAGAACCUCUUCAAAGGACUGCCGUCCGUAAUCGCGAAGAUGCUGGGCCUCUUCCAGGUGACGAUCCGCAACACCGCGUCGGGCACCGAAUUCAACUGGUUCAUGCUCGUGAUGGAGAACCUGUUCUACGAGCGGCAGCCGAACCGCCGGUUCGACCUCAAAGGCAGCAUGCGCAACCGGAAGAUCCAAAGCACGGGCGAGGAAGACGAGGUGCUGCUCGACGAGAAUCUCGUCGACAUCAUCUUCGAGAAGCCGAUCUUCGUGCGCGACCACACCAAGAAGCUCUUGCAGGCGUCCGUGUUCAACGACACGCUAUUCCUCGGCAAGCAGAAUGUCAUGGACUACUCGCUUAUGGCUGGGUUCGACGACAAGCGACGCGAGAUCAUCGUGGGGAUCAUCGACUGCAUCCGCACGUACACCUGGGACAAGAAGCUGGAGACGUGGAUCAAGGAUCGGGGGAAGAACAAGCCGACGAUCACGUCGCCGAAGGAUUACCGGAAUCGGUUCCGCAUCGCCAUGGCGAGCUAUAUUCUGGAGGCGCCGAAUUGUUGGCAUCCAUUUCACCAGGGGAUGGGGCAGAGGAGGACGGUGCCGGCGGUGCGGUGGGAGCCGCAGAAGGCGGAUAUUGAGGAACAGGAGGUGGAAGGUGAUACGGAUGCGCAGGCGCUUGUGGGUGGGAGUGGGGCUCCGUCGCUUACGUGA